AGACAGCGGCGCGGGGAGCGGGGGUUGGGCGCUGAGCCCGCCGUACGGCCGCGUCCUCGCGCCGGGCUGUACGGCCACGUGAGGCAGUACGGUGGUGUUCUCCUUUCCCCACCCCUGAAGUGAUGAGCCCUGGGCAGAUGAGGAUGCUGCUCCCCACAGGAACCCAAAGGGGACAGGCCAAGCUGGCCUGCAGCAGGUCUGCAGCAUGACGGAUGAGAUCCUGAAGGGUGGAUCCCUGUGGACCCACAGGGAUCACUGCUUCCAAAUCCUGGCUCCUCGCAGCACCACCCAAAAUGGGACCAUGUGCCUGAGAGUGUUGUCCAGAUGUCAGCUUGUGGCUGAGAAGCAGCCAUGUUCCCUGGCUCGGGAGCUGUAAGCAGCACCACCGUGUGGCAUUGCGCCUCCUCACCUGGUAGUGCCACAACUCCGGGUGCCCGCUGGGCUGCACCCCAGGGAGUGGUGAUGGGGGCUGUGAUAGUGCAGGGCUGCAGCUCUGUGGGCACACCGUGCUGUGCUGGGGCUGGCAGGACUCUGAUAGGUGGCGACAAAAGACAAAGGAGGAAGCAGGAAGCAAACUUUGUUUCAUUUUUGUCUUCCCACAAGAAGUGGCUGCUGGAGCCGUUUGGUGGGCCGGGGGCUGAGGGCCAAUGGCAGAUCUAUGACAUAUACCAGCCACGGGAGAGACGAACCCGUAGGGCCCUGCUCAUCUGCAACACCAAGUUUAAGCACUUGAGACAGCGGGACGGAGCUGAAGUGGACGUGAAGGAGAUGACAAAGCUGCUAGAAGGGCUGGGCUACAAUGUGGAGUGCCAUGAAGACAAAACUUCCCAGGAGAUGACCACAGUCAUGAAGAAGUUUGCAGAUCACAAAGAUCAUUUGACCUCUGACAGCACCUUCCUGGUGUUCAUGUCACAUGGAAUGAGCACUGGGAUCUGCGGGACCAAGAGUAAUGGGACCACGGACAUCCUUUCCUUCAACACCAUCUACGAGAAUUUCAACAACAAGCACUGCAGGGCGCUGAUGGGCAAACCCAAAGUGGUCAUUAUCCAGUGCUGCCGUGGAGACAACAUAGGAUCUGUGCAGAUACGUGACUCCAUCGACCCUGAGAUGCCCACUUCCACUUCGGAUGGCUGGAGAUGUGUAGAGCUGCAAGGUUCUAAAACCAGAGAAGCUCACCUGGAGAGUGAUUUUGCCACUUUAUAUUCUUCCACGCCUGACACUGUCUCCUGGAGAAGCCCCACAGAAGGUUCUGUUUUUAUCCAGAGACUGGUGGAGCAGUUUCGAAACCAUGCCUUUAACAGUGACUUGCAGGAGAUGUUCCGAAAGGUCCAACGUUCCUUCGAAAACUUUCCUCGGCAGUUGCCAACACAAGAGAGGACUACAAUGCUCAAGAAGUUUUAUCUCUUCCCAGGCCUCUGAUCUGCCCACGCCUCUGAACAACCUCAAACUGACCGAAUUCUUGCCAGGGAGCAGCAAAGAUACUCUGAACCAAAACACUACGUGCACACCUGGUGAACUUCUCUCUAUCACCCCAAAGAAAGGCUGUGAAGCAAACAUCUCCCCAUUCGUGACAGAUACCUUCCGUCUCUCUGAGAGCCACUUCUGCCCUGUUUCUGACACAACUUGUUGACUAAUAAAAGGAUUAGAACACGA